GUCAUGUGCCCUGGAGCAGUCUGUCCUGGCCUCGCAGGGUCAUGGCUGUGGGAUGCGGGUGUGUCCAUAGGCCAGCGUCUGACACACGCAUGCUGCUUGUCCUCUGUCACCAUGGGACGUGUCCUUCCGGGGCUGCUGCUUGUGUGACCUGCUGCUGCUCUCUGCUGUCACAGCUCCCCUGCAGUUGUUCAGACUCAGCCAGGUGUCCUGGGAGGGGCUGGGCUCCCCCCGAGUGAGAAAUCCCUGAGCUCGGUGGGUCCACUAGGCCUUGGGGGCAAAUUGGGAAGCAGGUCUUCCCCACCGGGUGGGGGCUGCUCUGGGGUCUCCUGGAGCUCCCUGCUCCAGCCAGGGAGAGGCCCUGACCUGCCUUCCCGCCUGCCUCCAGCUCCUGCAGGUCACAUGGUCUGAGCCUCACAGGCUCGUGGCUGUGGGAUGCAGGCGUGCCUGCGGGCUGGGCAGUGUCCGACACACGGGCUGCUUGUCCUGUCACCAAAUGGGCCUGCAGUCUGUUGUGGGCAGGAGGUAGGCAGUGGCAUUCAGUCUGUCUCCUUCUCCAGGGAGCCCAGCCCUGGACCUGCCGCACAAGUGCUCAGUUCUGUGCCCUGGCUUCUGACUCAGUCGGUCUACCCUGGCUUUGGGGACCCCCACUUCUAGGCAGUGGGGUAGGGUCCUCUGGGCCUGCCUUAUCUGUGGGGUGGGGCCGUCCCCUCCAGAGGGGACAGUGUCCUGCCCUGAAGCUGGCUUUGGAUAGGUCCACGUUCACCUGGAAGCUGGUGGCGCCCAUGUCAUGGUCCCCUGUGGCUUCUCCUGGGGGUCACAUCACCUCUCUGGACCAGCCCCCAACCUGUACUCUCACUGUCCCAAGGCUUCUGCCACAGGCCCCCUGGUCACUUAGCACUCUCCCUGCUGACCACCUGGUCCAUUUAGGCCCUGGGUGGCCCCCACAAAGCCUGUGACAGGGAGGAGGCUGGGAGGGGCCCCGCCUCCCACAAGGAGCUCACAUUCUGGUGGGAGGAGGCCAAGAAUUAGGACCAAGUGAAGCAAAAGAAGAAAAACAGAACAGGGAUGAAGGGGCUGGAGAAGCCUCAGGUGACAGCUGAAGCUGGCGCCAGGAGGGGUGGGGCCUGUAGUGGGCACUGGGCAAUAGGACCCUGUGGUGAGGCAGGGUCUGCUCAGGUAACAGGAAGGUCAUUGGGCCACAGUGUGGUGGGGACUGCCCUGAGGCCAGGUGGCUGCAGCUGGGCCUGGUGCGGGGGUGGUGGCGUUGCCUGGGGCCUCUGCAGGGCUGGCCGAGCGGGGAAGAAGGUGUCCACACCGUCUCAGCUCUGGGCAGGUAGGGCGGGCCAGGGCUCAUCCACCAUCUAGAAACCACUUGGAGGCCAGAUGGCCUUGGCUGUUGCUCAGUGGCUGGGCCUCCAGGGCCCUCCUGGUCGUGCAGAACGGGGCAGAGCUGGAGCCUGUUAGGAAGGAGCCUGGGCUGUGCACUUGGGGUUCUGUGAAGUCCCUGGAGGCCUGGACCCCCAUCCUUCCCUGGGUGGCUCAGGGAAGGGGAGGAAGAGACUCAGGCUGGGCUGGCAUAGGGCAGGGGUGAGAGGGCAAGAGCGGACGACAGGCAGGAACAGCCAGCCCUUCUCUCCCAGCACAGCGACUCGGACUCCGACCCCGAGUACUCUGCGCUGCCGCCAUCCAUCCCCAGUGCGGUGCCUGUGACUGGUGAGUCCUUCUGUGACUGUGCCGGGCAGAGCGAGGCCUCCUUCUGUAGCAGCCUGCACUCGGCCCACCGGGGCAAAGACUGUCGAUGCGGAGAGGAAGACGAGUGUGAGAUGGGGCCUGGCCCCUGCUGGGACUGCACUGCGGGCGGGCCUAGGGGUGGGCAGGGCAGGGCAGAGCCCCGUGGAGCUCUCAGGGCUGCCCCAGCCUGGGCCUCUCUUACAGAUUUCGACUGGGUCUGGGAUGACUUGAAUAAGUCGUCAGCCACCCUGCUGAGCUGUGACAACCGCAAGGUCAGCUUCCACAUGGAGUACAGCUGUGGCACAGCGGCCAUCCGGGGCACCAAGGAGCUGUGGGAGGGCCAGCACUUCUGGGAGAUCAAGAUGACCUCGCCCGUCUAUGGCACCGACAUGAUGGUGGGCAUCGGGACAUCGGAUGUGGACCUGGACAAAUACCGCCACACGUUCUGCAGCCUGCUGGGCAGGGAUGAGGACAGCUGGGGUCUCUCCUACACGGGCCUCCUCCACCACAAGGGCGACAAGACCAGCUUCUCAUCGCGGUUCGGCCAGGGCUCCAUCAUCGGUGUGCACCUGGACACCUGGCACGGCACGCUCACCUUCUUCAAGAACAGGAAGUGCAUAGGCGUGGCAGCCACCAAGCUGCAGAACAAGAGGUUCUACCCGAUGGUGUGCUCCACGGCAGCCCGAAGCAGCAUGAAGGUCACCCGUUCUUGCGCCAGCGCCACCUCCCUCCAGUAUCUCUGCUGCCACCGCCUGCGCCAGCUGCGGCCAGACUCGGGGGACACGCUGGAGGGCCUGCCCCUGCCGCCAGGCCUCAAGCAGGUGCUACACAACAAGCUGGGCUGGGUCCUGAGCAUGAGUUGCAGCCGCCGCAAGGCCCCAGUGUCUGAUCCCCAGGCAGCGACCUCGGCCUGCCCCAGCAGUCGCGAGCCCCGGCCCUGCCAGAGGAAGCGAUGCCGCCGGAUCUAACUUCCCAGUGGAAACUGUGUUCUUGGGCUGGGACAGCCGUUUCCUGUCCCUUCCUUCCAGCCACACUCCAGGGCGGAGUUGGAUGAGGCCCGUCUGGAGGGAGCCAUCUCUUGCCUCCCAAGGCUGGGACAGUCCUUUCUGUGGAGGCUCUAGGGACCCUCUGCUGCUGUGCUGGGUGGGGAAGCAGCUGCCCUGAGCCUCAGGUCUUGUGGGAGGCUAUGAGGAGAGCCUGGCUGGAGCCCGCCAUUGCUGUUCCCACAGGGACUCGGAUUUUCCUAACUUGCUCUGCAUGCUGUCGGCGGCUGCCCCGCCGUCGUAGACUUAAGUGACUGCAAUAAAUGUAGAGUUGAUGUCUAACACCCA